ACAGCAAGCGACGACUCGCCCCACGCAAGAAACCUCUUUCUCGCAAACACCCUCACCCACACACACAUCAUGUCUCACGAGUCGGUCUGGUAUUCGCGCCCUAGGACUUACGGCAAGGGCUCUCGCGAGUGCCGUGUCUGCACGCACCCUGCUGGUCUGAUCCGCAAGUACGGGCUCAACAUCUGCCGUCAGUGCUUCCGUGAGAAGAGCACCGACAUUGGCUUCGUCAAGCACCGAUAAAUUCCCCUCCAUGCUGUUUUCACGCAUCGGCCGGAGUAGGAGGCGCAACUCACGAAGAUGAUUACCUGACGAUACGAAAAUGCUGCACCUCGGGCCCCUGGUCUUAUUUUCUCCAUUGAUUUCAAUCGCACAUGGCGGGGGGGGGAAAUGGUACAUGGGGGAAAGCGCUAGGUCAAUGGGCGGAAACUGAAGGACAGAAAGAAAAGAAAAAUCAAAGGCUUUUUGGCGUCAUGUGUCGAGAGACAGAGAGAGAGUAGGCAUGAUCAAAUAUGUUUUCUUCUUCCUCUCCUCCUUCUCAAGACAUGAAUUUUUUUUGUUCUUUCUUCUCUUUCUCUCUCUCUCUCUCUCCCAUGCGCGAGGUCAAAGGGAAAAAGGUGCUGUCCCGGUCUUUGUGAUACGUGAAUAUCCAAGUCUCUCAAUUCCA